AGCCUCGAGGGAAGAAAAGGGGCGGCCUGUCUGCCUGCUCCCCAAAAGGAGACUGGCAGGUGGGACGGAAGGCGCCGAAAAGAAACCGUCCCCGGCGGGGGGGGGGAGAUGAAGAAAAGGAGGGCGCGGGAGUUGUCUUGGGGGCGUUUUAUUUAUUUAUUUAUAUUUUAUUUAUCACAUUUGUAUGUCGUAUAGUCGCCUGGGGGCGGUUUUUUUAAGAUUUACUUACAGCCCUGCAGGAUCGCAGAUCUGGCCAGCUCGUUUUCACUCUCAACUUCUGCCCCGGAAUGAAUGGUGGAAGAAGUGAUGAGUACCGUGGUUGAAGGGAAAGGAGGAAUGGAAGAAGAGACGAGAAAAAGCAGAAAGAGAAGAGAAAGAGAGAACUUGGAAGGGCUAGAAGCAAAAGGAGCACAAUGGGAAAAACCUGGUUAGAGACUUGGAGUGCCUGCUCCAUGGAACAAUUCCCCACUGGUUCCAGAGGGCCUCUUCCAAAAGGCUGUGAAGACUUUGCUUUCCCCACAAGAUACUGGGCUAGGAUGUUGAAUGAGUCCAGUGUAGGUAUGGUUUGUAUGGCAGCAAUUCUGCCGAGUGUCAUCCUGGAGUAGUUAAUAGACUACUAAAAGAAAACUCAACACACAGGUCUUCUCAUCUGCUGACUAAUUGUGCUGGAGGCAAUUGAAUUAAACAGCUAUCCCAAAAGGAGGAGAAGAAACAUUUACAGAAGAGGCAGAAAUACAUAGAAGAUGUCUAUGAUCAGUGCUUUGCCAUUUUUCAAAUCCUCUUAUCUCAGAUCUUCACAAAACUCCCUUAGGAGCCAGCGUCGACACACACUUCCUGCAAGCGAAUUCCGGUGUCUCACACCUGAAGAUGCCAUUGGAGUAUUUGAAAUUGAGAGAGAAGCCUUUAUUUCAGUGUCAGAAGAUUGCCCCCUGCACCUGGAUGAGAUUCGCCAUUUUCUUAACCUAUGUCCUGAGUUGUCACUUGGCUUGUUUGAAGAAGGCCAACUAGUUGCUUUCAUUAUUGGCUCCCUCUGGGACCAGGAAAGACUCAGCCAGGAUGCACUGACUCUACACAAGCCUGAUGGUACCAUAGUCCACAUACAUGUUCUGGCAGUACAUUGCACUUUCCGCCAGCAAGGCAAAGGAUCUAUCUUGAUGUGGCGCUACCUACAGUACCUAUGCUCUCUGCCCUAUGUGCGUCGAGCCACACUGAUGUGUGAGGACUUUCUCAUUCCCUUUUAUACUAAGUGUGGCUUUAAAGUGCUAGGCCCCUGUGAGAUCACUAUUGGUUCAUUAAAUUUCAUUGAGAUGAACUGCGCUAUUCGGGCUCAUGCAUAUAUGCGCAGAAAUAGUGGCUGCUGAGAUAUUUCCCCUUCUUGUUAAUUUCCAACUAUCUGGUUAGAAAACAAAAUAAUAUCUGCUGUGAUUCUCAGUCCUUCAGAUGGAGCUGAAGUCUAAUGAAUCCAGGAAGUGCUGAAAGGCAAGACCUUGGUUGUCCAUGAGUAUAAGAGCCUUCUGAUUCAGCAGUAUUGAGCGAGUAAACCUACUCAGUCUGAAAAGGAAGUAGUGAUAGAUCCCACCCUUUGAAAGUUUCACCAUCUUUACUAUAUGAUGCUUAAGAGAUCUACAAGUGACAAUGCACUGUAAGCUGCUACAGUCAUUCAAUUGUAAGAUAAGAAGAAUGUAAAGAUUACAAGCAAGUCUAUCUUUAAAAAUUAUAGCUAAGCCUUACUUCUCUCUUGUGUCUUGCACUGGUCAAGUUCUCACAUGAGGGUAAAGCUGUAAUGAACUUUAGCAUGUUGUUGUUUAGUUUGAUGUGACAACUAGAUCACUUUGCAUUGAACAAACCAUGUGGAAAAAAAGUGUUAGGUGAGCACUGGGUGAACAUAAUGAUUGUAAAAUAGAAUAAGGAAUAAUGCAAUAAUUUAUUUUCUCAAAUUUAAACCAUGAAGGCAGCAAAACAUGAUAGCUGCUUGCAGUUCUAACUACUAAGAUUUGGUAGUAACAGUUAUGAGUAUUGCAGAGAUUCAUUAUAAAUUACGGAUUUUGCCAUUCAUGUUUCAUUCAUUAAUAAUAACAGCUCUAUUUACAAGGAGCUUUGAAUUCAUAAAAUUGGUGAUUUCAGUUUCACAGUCUUCAAGUAACUAAGUGUAUUUAUACAAAACUUACUGUAAGUUAUUGCUUUUUGUUCACUGGAGAGCAAUUUAUACCUUGUUAUACUGGUAUGUAAAGGUAUGUCACUUCAUGUUUUAUAAAUAUAUACUGCCUUAGUGAUAAAGCCAUGAGGCUUCCGAGCAGAAUUCCUGUAAAUACUUCAUCAUUUAAUUGUCCCUUAAUGCAUAUGAUGUGCAGUGAAUUCUACCCAUGAAGAUCCCCUUGACAUAGGAUGGAAGAAAAAAUAGAUGUACAGUGUGUUUUUAUUUGUCUUUGUAUAUAUGUAUGUCAUUGUUCAGUCCUAUCAGUUGUGAGUCAAGGGAAAUAUUUGUAUAAAUUUUUCAUUUAAAGCCAGAUCAUCAUCUAUUUGCCCGCCAUCCUGUUGGUUUUAGAAAACCAGUAAUAACUUUUUAUCUGUAAAAAUGAAGUUGAUAACAAGCCUGAACUCCAGAGAUUAGGCAGUGGAGUAAAGCAAGGGCCAAUCUGUUAACCAAUCUAUUCAACAUGAAUCCUACUAAUUUGCAUGAUACAGAUAGUCCUCCACUUCAGGCUGUUCAUAUAACAAUGGUUCAAAGUUAAGGUGGCUUUGGAAAAAGUGACUUACAACCUGCACUUGCACUUAACAGCAGUUAACACUACCUUGGUGAUUCGUUUAACAAUCACUGUAAAAAUAGUCUGAUUCUGACUCAAUUUACAAUGAAAAUUCCAAUCCCAAUUGUGCUAGUAAAUUGAGGGCUACCUGUAUAAGUCAUAGUACAUGAUUGCCCCUAAAGUGAUAGAAAGCUACUUGGGAAAAAUAUUCUUUUUUGAUGUAGCACAAGCUAAUCAGCCAGAGGUUUGCAAAAUAUUUUGAAUGGGGGGGGCAUGUUUCCACAGUUGAAAUGGCCAUAUUUUGAAUAUAGGUCAGAAUGCUUUGUAUUAUUGUUUGGAUUUAAAAAAAUUAACUAUAAUCAGAUAUAGACGUGGGCGUUUUCUGGUGCAAUCUGGUCUACUUACCACAAUUGCAGUAGAGAUAAAAGCUGAGCAAAAGGAGGAAGUUAGGCAUUCUGCCUUACUUAUGAAGAGAGCAGAUACCUGUUUGUUUGCUUUUAUUCGUGUGGGACUGGGAAAAGGCUCCUUACUAAGGCAGUAUAAGCCUAUCUAUUCAAAGUAAGCACUGCUAAAUCCAAUGAGAUUAGCUCCAAGGAAACUAUUUAGGAGAUGUCAAAUUUAUAAUCCAUUGUGUGUAAUCAAUGACUAUAAAGUAGUUGCACAUUUGAAUUAAUUACUCGGUCAACCUUGUGCAUAGGAAAAUGUUAAAGUUCUUGCCACUGAAUAAGGAAGCAUUCUCCAAAUGUUAUUGCGUGUGCCAUUUACCACUUGUCAAGUCAGCAAUAAAUGUCUUUUUUUCCUAA